AUGCAAGAAUCCCAGGUACCUAUCCCAGAUGAGUUCCGUUCUGACCUCCAUUACGUCGAAGCUCUUGACACACGAUCAAACGAGGAGAUUCUAGAUUCACUGUCCGAGCAUGCGCCCGUCACCUCGGAGAAGAAUGUAUGGACCUACUGGCACUCCGGCGUCCGCUCCAUGCCUGCCUGGUGCCAGCGCAAUGUCGUGAACUGGGUUCGCCUAAGCGGUCCGUCGUGGUCCAUCCGUAUCCUCGACAAUGUUCCCAGCUCGCCAAACAAUGCACUCAACUGGGUCUCUGCAGGACUGCUCCCGGAAACCUUCGUCAAGGGCACCAUGGACGGUCCCUAUACCGGCCCGCACAGUGCGGAUUUUCUGCGUGGCGCGUGUCUUUUCCUUUACGGCGGCGUCUGGAUGGAUGUCGGUAUCAUUCUUAUUCGUCGGCUUGAGAACAUCUGCUGGAGGCAGCUGGAGGACCCUGAUUCGCCUUUCGAGGUCUCCGUCCCAUGGAUGUAUGGCACAGUCAUGGCAAACCAUUUCGUCGCAAGCCGGAAAGGUAAUCCAUUCAUCAAGCGCUGGUCGCAACAGUGGGACUGUGGGUUAGUGGGUCCAUUAUGA